UCGAUGGGCAUUGGGGACGUGAACCGAGAGGUGGCCGGGACCAGCAGGCGUGGCACAGCUUGGAAUGGCUAUGUAGAGCAGCACUCCUUGCUAUGAUUCAACACCACCCGCCAUUGUGUUUCGACAUAACGCUAUCGGCGCUCACUGCUGCACCAUGCCAUCCAUCCAGCCCUCUCCCAGAUCCUCACUUUCUUAUCAGAGUGUGUCUGUGCCCGCCUCAGCACCGCCCAACCAGCCGCCCACCCACUUCCUGUGCCUUUAUCGAAACAUUACCGAGGAAGAGUGCUGAGUUGAUGCUGUGCUGCUGCUGCGUUCUUGUGUGUCUUGGAUCAGCAUUUUAUGAAGAACUGUGGUGCGCUGCGAGGUUGAUGGCAAGAAGCUCCCAGCGGCUUAUCAAUUAAAUAUUUUUGAACACUAUCAAGGGCGAAGACAAAUAGAGAGAGUGCUGCUCCAGGAUGGCCAGUGUAUCCAUUGCCUUCACGCGCAGCAGUAGGAGGAGAUGAUCCGGACCCUAGGCUCGUUCUCAGUGGUGCAGAGGGCAUGGGCAGGCGUAUGGCGUGCCUCGCGGUGCCUGGCUACUGGUUGCUCCUCUGCCUGGCCCCGCUCCUGUGACGUGUUGGUGGUGGGGGGCGGCGCUGUGGGUUCCUCCUCCGCCUACCACCUGAAGCACAGGGCGGGGAGGGACCUGAGCGUGGUGGUGCUGGAGCAAGAUUCAACAUACGAGAAAGCCUCCACCGUCCUCUCCCUUGGUAACAUCAGGCAGCAGUUUAGCGUAGCAGAGAACACACUCCUUUCUUUGUACGGUGCUUCUUUCCUCCGUCGGGCUCCUGAGCUUCUUGCAGUCGAGGGCCAAGAUCCAGUAGACCUCAGAUUCUUCCCCAGAGGCUACCUGUUCCUUGCCACGCCGGAGGGACUGAAGCAGAUGGAGGAGAACUACAAACAGCAGACGUCGCUAGGGGCGGAGGUGGCGUGGCUGUGGCCGGACCAACUGAGGAAAGUGUACCCGUGGUUUACCUUCAAGGACAACGUCGUGGCUGGGGUCCUCGGCACAAACAAUGAAGGAUGGUUUGAUCCGUGGAGCCUCCUGCUGGGAAUGCGGCGGAAGGCGGAGUCUCUAGGGGCCCUGUACCUUCCUGCCAAACUGACGGGCCUCCAAUACCGCCAGGAGGAACCUCGCCAGACCACUGCUGUACCCACAAGGUCCCUCACCACAGCCCAGGUGAGACUCAAGAGCGGAGAGGAGAGGGAGAUCUCCUUCUCUACCCUGGUGGUGGCUGCCGGUGGUUGGUCAGGCGAGGUGGGCCGUCUCGCGGGUUUGGGCACCGGCGAGGGAGUCCUGGCCACACCCAUCCCAGUGGAGCCAAGGAAACGGUUCAUAUACUGCGCCCACGCUCCUGACGGUCCGUGGGAAGGCUGUCCAGUCUUCAAUGAUUACACGGGGAUGUACUUCAGGCCAGAUACGACCAGACCUCAGUAUUUCUUCUGCGGACGAUCCCCCUUGGAGGAAGAGGAGCCGGAUCCGACGGAUCUCAGCGUAGACUACAGCUUCUUCGACACUCAUCUGUGGCCUCAGAUGGUGGAGCGAUGUCCAGAGUUUGGGAAUUUGAAGGUGAAGAGUGCAUGGGCUGGUUACUAUGACUACAACACCCUUGACCAGAAUCUAAUCCUCGGUUUCCACCCCGUUUAUACCAACAUGUGCAUCGCCACGGGGCUGAGUGGGCACGGUAUCCAGCAGUCGCCAGCAGUGGGCCGCGCCGUGAUGGAGUGCGUGGUGGACGGUCGCUCCCACUCCAUCAAUCUAGACAGGUUUAGCUUCGACCGUAUUCUCACCCGCCAGCCGCUCAAGGAGAAGAUGGUGAUGUGAGGUGAGCAUAGGAGCGUGAGGAGACGGUGAAGGUAUGGUAAUGAUGUGUAGAUGGUGAUAAGAAAAGGUGAUGGAUACUGUGAGGGUUUUCAUGUGGUAAAAUAAAAGUAUAAGGGUUGUUCAUGUAAGCCAGGGAUAAAGAUGUAAUGGUGUAUAAUGAUGGAGUGUGAGGGAUGAUAUGUAGCGAUGUUCACGGCGAUGUGAAAGGUGAUGGAUAAAAGAGAGAUUGUGUGAUGUUUUUGUGAAGUGAGUAUGGGUUAAGAUGGUUUAAGUAAUGCUGGAGUAAAGGUUAAAGGCUUAUGGUGAUGAUUGGAUGUAAGAAAUAAGACGUGAGGAUGUCUAGGACAAUAAAGAAGAUGAAUAAGAAAAGGUUGAAGCGUCGAUGAUAAUGAUAAGGUUAGAAUGAAAGUUCAAAGCUGUAUGGUGAUGGUAAGACGUGAGAGACCAGAUGUAAGAAUGAAUAUUUGAAACCACAUGAA